CGUAAUGGUAAGGAUGUCUUGCAACAAUCGAGGAUUGUUUAAGUAUGGAGUUUAUCCAUUUACUUUUCUUCUGGCACUAUGUAUGUCAACAUAUGUUUUGUUAAAAUAUUACCUUAUUUGUCUAACUACGUUUGUCAUAUUUAAAACAGUGACAACUACGCUAAACCGAUAUCUCCUACGAAAAUUUGAUCCUCAAAAUCGCGGUGUGUUUAUAACUGGAUGCGAUACAGGUAGGUUUAACAUUAAUAUAACAUUCUUUAGUAUAUAGGUAGAUUACUCACUCUAGCUUGAGUUUUAAAAUCUGGAAUUUAGUUUAUAUCUAAGCUAGGUAUCUAAAACAUAAUAAGUAUUGUAUUAUAUUAGAGUCUAAAUAAAUAUACACCAGGGGCCGUAUUCAUAAAGCAACUUAAGUAUAAGUAGAAGAAAUUGAUUAUUUACUGAAGUAUUACUUAGGUAAAAAAUUUAUUUUACUUAAGUAUAUUUGUUAUUCAUAAAACAACUUAAUAAGUAAUUCUUUGCUUUAAUUGUGGAAGAAAACAUUGAAAACAAUAACAUUAAUUUCAGACAGAUACAACAUGCACAAUUAUGUUUAAAGUGUUUUUAUCUGAAAAACAACACUUUAACCGUACUCACGACGCUAUUAUGUCUUCUGACUUAAGUCAUUUCUUACGUAUCUUAAGUUUAAGCUUUUUUAUGAAUAGGACUUAAGUUUUUACUUAGACUUAAGUUGAAAUCACCACAAACUUAAAUAAAAUCUUCAACUUAAGUCAAAACUUAUACUUAAAAUGCUUUAUGAAUACGGCCCCAGUUAUCUUGAAGAUGUUGUUCACUGCUUUAUAUCUCAAAUUAUCUUUAAAUUAACAUAGCCGCAUUUUACAUGUACGAAAGAACAAUAGCGCAAGAUUCGUUUUACUUACUAACUUGAAAUAUUGAUUUAGUAUCUUGUCUUAUCAUAUGCAAAGUUGGAACGUCUGUCUUUCUGUCAAUGGACAAAUAUUUGAAUGGGCUACUUUAUUCACUUUCAAACAGUAAGGGGCCUCCGUGGCCGAGUGUUUAAGGUCGCUGAAUUUAAGUCAUUUGACCCUCAUCGAUGUGGGUUCGAGCCUCACCGGGGCGUUGAAUUCUUCAUGUAAGGAAACUAUCCAGCUGGCUUACGGAAGGUCAGUUGUUUUACGCAGUUGACCGCUCGUGAUGAAAUAAUGCACGGAGGGGCACCUGGGGUCUUCCUCCACCAUUAAAACUGAAAAGCCGCCAUAUGGCCUAUAAUUGUGUCGGUGCGACGUGAAACCAAACAAAUGAAUAAAUAUUCAAACAGUAAAACAUUAUUGCUGGUUUACUUACCUACACAUCCAUACAUUGUACCUAGCAUGACAUGACUUGAACACAUUCUGUCGUACAUCAAUUUAUGAUCUACCCCAGCCUCUAAAGCUAUUGUAGAUUUCAAACUGUGCCUUUGAUAUAUAACUACAUUUACGUGUAUAGUAUGUUCCGGUGGUAGAACUACCCGGUCACUGUAUAUGACCUCUACUGCAACACAAUAGAUAUCCCGGCACACGACCUUGGUAGGACUCAUAAUUACACAUUCAUUUCAGUUUUUUCUUGCCAUAGAGGAUCAAACAUGGUCUCAAAUCCCAAAGACUUAAACAUGCAUAAUAUAGUGACAUUUUUAGAGUGAACACUGCCUAUUCAUCUUUUUUUUACCCUCUUGGGUACCUGAAGAUUACACACUUUUAAAGGUACCUUAUCUCGUCCAGGACCUAAGCACUUACUUAUACUAUGGUAAUUAGUAGCUCGCACAUAUCUUAAAAAUGAAAUCCAUAUGACCCUAAUACUGCGUCGUGUGCAUGUUAUUAUUUGCUGUUUUUUUUUAUUUCAUAUGCCUUGGAAACCGCUUUGCAAGAUAUUUAGAUAAAACGGGAUUCACAGUUUUUGCUGGAUGUUUAAACAAACGUAGUGCAGGCGCUCAGAGUUUGCUGACAACCUGUUCGUCUAGGACACAUGUGGUGGAAGUAAAUACAACCAGACAAGAAAGUGUUUCUGACGCUUUCAUCUUUGUCAAAGAUCAUUUACCAAGCAAAGGACUGUGUGGUAUUAUUAACAAUGCUGGUAUGGAUAUGCUCGGAGACGUCGAACUUACUCCCAUUUCUCUCUACAAGAAAGGAUUUGAACUAAAUUUAUAUGGAUAUAUUCGAGUGAUUAAAACGUUCCUUCCGCUGAUUCGACAUUCGAAAGGACGUGUGCUCAGUGUAUCCAGUGUAAGGGGCAGAGUAAGUGAACCAAAUCAGUCAAACUAUAUCACGGCUAAACAUGGAAUAGAAACUCUCACUGAUUCUCUUAGACUUGAAAUGAUAAAAUUUGGAGUCAAAGUCUGUAUCAUUGAACCUGGAGAUUUCAGCAACGCAACUGCUAUUGGAUCAGAAGCGGUGACUAAACGAAAGCAACUAGAGAUUAAUGAGAUGUGGGAAUUAGCCAGAAACGAAGUAAAACAAUCGUAUUCGAAGAAAUAUAUGGAUUCGUGGAUUGACCCUCCUGCAGAUAGUCGGGUACCUAAGGCCGACAUAACGCUGGUAGCGGAAGCUGUCGUGCAUGCGCUAUGUAGUGUGUUUCCAAAACACAGGUACAUCGUUCAAGGGAAAUGGUCAAUAGUUCCUUUUGAUUCAUGGGUGCUGACAUAUGCGCACAAUUUUCUUCCAACUUGGAUAAUGGACAAAUAUAUGUCUAUAUGGAAAAAGAGGCUUGUGUAUGCACCUACUGAAUACACACCUGAUGACUAAACUUUCUUCGGACUUUUUUAAAAAAAGCGUCGUAUUUAUCUAGAUGAGCACUCUUAAAAUUUUGCACGGUAGAAGAAUUUCUACAAAACUGACUGCUUUUAACGCAACAUAUUUUAUGAUUUCGUUACAUAGAAGAAUAAAUUUUC